UGUUAAACUCGCAAACAUUAGUUCCACCUCGCGCAUUUGACUUCACCGGCUCUAACAUGUCUUAACGGGAGCGACACACAACUUUUACUCUUUUCCUUAAGAAACAUGUCGGGGACUGUUUCGGCGAGUCUUAGACUAUGUUGUGUUUCGUUCAUUUUGGUAUUGAGCUUUUGGCCGGUGACAUCCCACGAGCACGAUGAGUCAAUGCCAUCUGAAGAGGAAUCGGCUGCAACGUUGCAGUCUGAGGGCAUCCCUGACUUUGUGGAGGGCGAAGAGCCGAGGUACCACAAGCGUCAGUUCAAAACGGCCGAGAUGGCCGACGCCGUGAUGGUCAGCGAGGCCCCCGUCGACCCGUUCGAUAUGGAGUCUCUCUUCCUCAAGAACGUCAAAGACUUCCAGUCGGGUUUUUCGCCGCCGUGCGACGAUGGCGCAGAGUGCCUCACCGCGGGCGCCGAGGACGCCGAGUCGUCCCAGCAGGUCGCGUUGGAAAUGGUCCACCCUCAUGGCGCUGAGGAGAAGAACGCGGAGGCCACGAAGACCUUCAAGGUCAACUGCGAGCAGAAGAACGUCAGCAGCGUGGACGCCUUGAGCGUUAAUGUCCUCAACGCGUCGCAGGACCUGAUGGAGUUUCUGAACGUCAACGGCAGCGAGUGCUCCGUAGUGCUUUUCUUUACGGCUUGGUGCCAGUUCUCGGCCGGCCUGGCGCCGCAUUUCAACGCCCUGCCUCGGGUCUUUCCGGCCGUGCACUUCCUGGCCCUGGACGCCUCGCAGCACAGCAGCUUGUCGACGCGAUUCGGGACGGUGGCGGUGCCCAACAUCCUCCUCUUCCAAGGAGCCAAACCCAUGGCUCGCUUCAACCACACCGAGAGAACCCUGGACACGCUGGCCUCCUUCAUCACCAACCAGACGGGCUUGGAGGCGGGGCCGGAGAGGAACGUGACGGACGCCGACCGCCUGGGCCCCCUUGCCGGCGUGCCAGUCAAGGGCGUGGACUGGCUGCUGGUCUUCUCCGUGCUCUUCAUCGCCGGAUUCACCACCUACGGGAUCCUCCGCACUGACGGCAUCCGCUGGCUCAUCCCGGGACAUGAGCACGAACAUCAGGACUGAGCCAAAGGCCAGAUGGAAAAGACCCAAUGUUUUUACGGAGGACGUUUCUUUUGAAGGCACUGCCUUGAGGUGGUUUUUCCACUGUGGGAGACUUGAUGUGACUGGGGGAAAUCACAGACAUCCGUUAAUCAGCAAUAUUUCUGACUAAUUGGAAGCAAGGGAAAAUCCUCAACAGUGUAGCAAUUGUUGCUGUGCGUGUGUACCUCUCUUACUAUUGGAUGCUUAACAUAUUUGACAUUUUCCGAUAAAACAGUCAUUUCCUGUCAAACGAGAAAGAAAA